AGCGCUUCUCUCGUCUCGGUUUGCGAGCUCUUAACGUCACUAAAGCCGGUGCAGCAUGUGAAAGUCACAGAGCGAACAGACAAGACUUGUCCUUCUUUUCGGUUUGCGACAGGACUUUUAUCAUUAAACAAUUCCACCCCGCUGAUUUUCCCACUGAAAUGCCGUCAUGUCACGCGUGAACGUGAGUUGGAUUAUUGCGGUGCUCGCGGUGGAGUUCGCGACGCUGUCCGCCGUGCGCGCUCACAGCUGUCACGAGGUGAAAACGGCGUUCCAGGUGCGUCAGAUCGGCCCGCUAAAAUGGGUACCGGAAACACCUGCCACAGAUGUGGACCUGUCUGUGUGCAAACACACUGGACCGUCAUGCUGUACACGGAAAAUGGAAGAGAGCUAUAAAGCGGCGGUCCUGAGAGACACCACCCAGAACAUCAGAUCAUACAGCUUUGAGAUUAAAUAUCUCAUCUCUACACAUACCACUGCUUUUCAGGAUACGUUCCAGUCUCUGUUGUCCUUCUCGCAGAGUCACCUGUUCUCUCUGUUCGAGACCACGUACACGUCACUCCUGCCCUCCAUAUCCCCUCACAUUCUGUGCCUCUACACCGACCUGUCUCGCUACCUCCAGGGCACCGGCAACGUCUCCGUGGAAACUGCCGUCCACUGUUUCUUCGACAGUCUUUUCCCCUUGGUCCACGCACAUAUUGUCAACCCCGGCAUGGCGGAGAGCAUUGGCACCGGCGCUUCCGGUGACAGUCAACUUGGCGACUGUCUCCGUAUGACUCGGCAGGACGUUAACCCUUUCGGGCCCCACCCCCAGACGAUGACAGCAGAGCUAGUGAGUGCACUUCAGGCAGGUCGGGCGCUCAGCAUAGCGCUCGCAGUGGGGUCCGAGGUUAUGAACGUGACAGACCCUGCAGAGUUGUCCAAGGAGUGCGUGCGUGCACUGGUGCGCAUGCAGUAUUGUUCUCAUUGCCAUGGCCUCACCCUGAUUCGGGCGUGCAGUGGCUUAUGCCUUAAUGUAAUGCGAGGGUGCCUGGCAAGCCUCUCCGAGAUCCACGCGCCUUGGAGACAGUAUGUAAACAUCUUGCAGGAUCUUGCACGCAUGGUCGCCGGAGAGCACAACCUGGAGCUCGCGCUGCUGGGGAUCAGAGGUCACGUUGAAGAAGCCAUACUGUACGCUCAGAUACAUGGGCCGAUAAUAACUGCUACGGUGGAUAAGGUGUGUGGUCACUCUUCAAAUGUGUCUUCCACCACAGCAAGGACAUUUUCUUCAUCUUCAGCCACACCUCCACCUGCUAACAGCUCGCUGGACGUUCCAGGAGCCGAUAAGAUUGGCUUGUUGAAGCACCUUCACAGUUCAUUCCCUCAGAAAUCCUCCAAGAGCGAUAGAGGUAUAACUCUGAGAAAGGUUGCACGGGAUUUUAUAGCUUACAUUUCCAGAUAUAAGUCCAUCUUCAACAACCUACCAGAGAAGCUUUGUGAGGCAGAAAUUGGUGUGGACGAGUUGACCUGCUGGAGCGGAGAUGAUGUGGUGCAAAGUUACAACGCCAGAGUUGUGGGCGGUGGAGUUCGUGCUCAAAGACAGAAUCCGGAACUAAGGGUCAGAGGAGUUGACCCUUUGAUUUUGGAAGUCAAAGCCAGGCUUGAACUGUUUAACCAGGAGGUCCAGGAAGUGCUGCCCGGUGUGGGACAGGGGCCGUCCUGGGAUGAGCCUGGCAGUGGAGUGGAGAACAGUGGAGACUGUGAUGAUGAAGAUGGUUGUGAAGGCAGUUCCGGAGAGCCGGAGGUCACACCCCCUCUUACAGAAGCCGAUUUAUCCAAAAAAUCAGUGAAUGUCCCAGCCCACGAGUCUCCAAUGGUCCGGAAGAAACCUGUAUCUGAUGCUUCUCUUUCAAUGGCCAGCGUCAUUGUCAUCACCGUCGGUCUAUGGUUACAGUGCUGUUUUAUCUGAGAGACCCCAAAGACACACAACCACAAUGGUCUCAUGCACAACUAGGUGAAUCUCAAAAAGAAAUGUAUGGGUGAUAUUUUCAACUCAAAAUCAAAAUAAAGAAUCCAUUCUUUGCAUGAAUGAAAAAAAUACAUAUAUGCAAUCAUCAUUAGAAAUUUCUCAAAACUAUUACUCACUCAUUGAGUCUCAGGUUAUCAUAUCUGUGACAUAUUUGAAGGAACCAAAAACCAUCACUGUGUUCUAUGAUAUAUUUGAAGGCAGUACUACAAUUUUUAAGGUUGGUGAAAUGUUUUCUGAUUGGUUUUCUAAUUUAUGUAACCGCGAGUGUUUUUGUAUACUAUAAAUAGCAUUUUAAUUAAACAUAUUUUCUCCAUAGCUAUUUUAUGGUUUACUUGAUACAAACACCUAAAUAAUAAAAUAAAUAAUAAUAAUUCAUAUUUUUGUUACAGUGAGCUUCUGAGAAUUUUCAUUAUGCAAAAUAAUGUGUUUUGGGGGGUAGAAUAUGACCCACACAUUUCUUUACUGCUUUUGCGAGAUUCACCAACACGUGCCCUGAAAAUUCCCAUUUAUAUCACAGUAUGUUAACCAGGCUUCUGUAGCAGCACUGUUUUUGUGGAGGACUCGUGCCAAGAGACUAAACGUCUUCUUUCGGUUCAUGUUAUUAGUACAAAACUGUUACAAUAACUCUCCAUCUUUUUGGGACUGUGGAAUGCAUGAGGACAUUUUCAGAAACAUCGCUCAUGACCAGAUGACAGUGCAGGAAAUACAUCCAUACUGGCUGCGGAUAUCAGCGAGGAAUGUUACCAUCACUCACAGAUAUAAUGUUAUUGAAUGAAACUGAACUAUGAAUGAUAUGCACAUUGUAGUAUGUAAAUACUGUAGUUUGGACUGGCGCUGAAUUUAUAGGACAACGAAUGUUUAACGAAAAUAUUACUCAAGCAUUUUUUGACAGCUCUCGCUAAGAUCAUCUGUACACACACAUUUGCACGUGACGUGACAUGACAUAAAUCCAACAAAGGUUUGGCAAUGCCCUGUGCUUUGCUGUUACCUGUUUGCACGACUUUGAAAGCUUUAAAGUGUUUCAGUUAUCCCUUUAAUACAAGGUUGUCCAGUUUUGCUCCCGAAGGGUCACAGUCCUGUUGAGUUCAGCGUCAGGUGUGUUUCAUGACUGUUGGGAGUAAAACACUGAGCAGGAUUUGACCUUGACACUUCAAAACUGUUUGUUGUAGUGUACAGUUUUAACAACGAGAUGAUAAAAGCUGCAAUCCGUAACAUUUUUGGUUACACAAAUCAGUUAUUGAGCAAGUAGAGUAAAAAAAAUCUGUAUUUUAAGUUGUCUCCUUAUACCGAUUUGCAAUGGUAAGUUUUUAAUAAUGAUGUAAAAUGUCCGUUCAAUAUCAUUGAACUGAUAUCGAAAAAUUAAAGUACAUAAAGUAACCUGCAAUCUUACAUUUCAAACAGAGAUUGCGAUAAAAAGUUAAUCAAUGUUAUGGAUUGCAUGAAUGUUUUGUCCUGUCAAGGUUUUGCAAAUUUGAUCAAAGAAUAUUAUAAAAUUGCACUAAACUGACUUUAUUCAAGUUUAAAAUGAAAUUCUGGUAGACGUGUGGUACUGGUUCUUCUUUGAAUGUUCUGUAGUUUAAUGGGAAAAAAGUUAAAAAUGGAAAAAAGGGAUUGAAAAGCCCUACAGAUACAUUAUAUGCAGAAUGCUUUUCUUUUAUAAAUACUAAACUUAAAGCAAAGCAAUGCAAGAGGUUUAUAGAUACCAAAUAUUUUCUAUUAUAGCUUCUUUAGCCAUCUGUUCUUACAUUUCUAUUGCCUGUUAUAUGUCAAUAUAUAAAUUCAUUGAUUUAGUUCUUAUGAGGAAGCAAGGAAGGUAGAAUGAGUCUGUAAACUUUUUUAAUGUUAAGCUGUUUUUUAUGUAUUUGUUGUCCUCUGAUUGCACAUGAUUUACUUUCAUUUCUCAUAUCUAUCUGAAAUUUAUUCUGUGAUGUUUUAUAUGAACGUAGACAAAUCUUCAUGAAUUUGUAAACAGUAACAAACCAACCAUAGCAGAUACAACCAGGGUGUGGAUUACAGUUUGAACCCCCAAGUUAAAACAAAGGGGAGGGGUAAAAAUCGACUAACAUUUUAAACAAUAAGCUAUGAGAGGCCAACUUGAUACGAAGAAGAGUUUCAACAGUUAAGCAAGAGUAAAUUUUGCCUUCUUUCGCUUGGUGCCAAACAGAUGCUUUUGUAUGAGGUGGUAACCACAUACGUAAGGUAAAUCAAUCUAGCAUUAGUAUUGUCAUUUUUUCGAUGUUAAGUUGUGUAUGAUAAACAAAGGUCAUCUUUUGCAAACUGUGCAUAAGACACCAAAAGUCUAUUGGGCUGCACAUGACUAACUUAAAUCCACCUACAGAAAUAUCUUAAAAACAGAUGGCCUUCCCCUUAAAACUGUGUAAUUCACAUGCUGGAUAUAUGCACAUUUAAAUUCACUUUAUUGAUGUCAGUGCAGUACAACUGUUGUUUCUUUUGAUGUCUGAGAUGUAAAUUGGGAUUACAGUUUGUUUGCUGUGUUUUAUUUGAUCUUUGUUUGGUUGGUACCAUUGAAUGAAUACAGCUCAGUUCAUACCAAAGACCUGUCAGAUAUACACAAUUAAAAAAUUGGUUAAAUUGCUAAUAAAGUAAUUAUUCGCUUG